UGCAGGAGCUGGGAUGCACCGGUGGGGCGGGAGGCAGCUCGCUUGCUGUCCGAUUCCUCACCGUGGAUGGAGGGACAGGCGGGACAUUCUAUUUUGACGCAGUGCCCUCUGGUUCUAAACUCUCCCGCUAUAGGAAACAUCCUCUCAACCAGGAUGAGCCGAUUCCUCAAUGUUCUCCGCAGCUGGCUGGUGAUGGUCGCUGUCAUUGCUGCUGGCAAUACGAUUCAGAGCUUCAGGGAUCACAGCUUCUUGUCGGAGAAACUCUACACGGGAAAACCGGCGCUCGUGAACGAUCUGCAGGCAAGAACGUUUGGGAUCUGGACUCUGCUCUCCUCCAUCAUCCGGUGCACUUGUGCAGUGGACAUUCAAAACCGAACAUUGUAUCACAUCACUCUCUGGACUUUCAUUCUGGCUCUCAUUCACUUCUUAUCCGAGUCGUUCGUUUAUCAAACGGCACCCAUAACCAUCGGUGUAAUGGCUCCUCUCUUGGUGGCUGGCUUCUCCAUCCUGGGAAUGCUGGUGGGUUUUCAGUACAUCGAGGAUUCCCAGGAAGUGACUUCAGUUCCAGCAAAGAAGAGAAUCUGAGAUGACCGAUGAGAAUGGUGGUUUGGGGCAGACUGAGCCAGGAGACAGCUGUACACGAGCAAUUGACCUGUGCACCCUCUCCACCACAGCAGUUAGUAGUGAAUGUAUUUUUGAAGUAGUUGAUGGACAGAAAGCACCUUAAGGGUGCCUCAGGGUGAUGAAGAAUGUUCACAUGGGUGUUCUCUUUCUAUCAGUAAAUUCUGGUGCUGGAAACACUUCCUUGCAGUGGUU